AUGUCCGUCAGAAACACUUCUAGCAUGAGAUGUUCUAGGUGUGUAACAUUUGGAUUAUUUGGUUGGGGAGCAGAAAUAGUUGGUGGGGGUGAGAUGGGCGUAGUUUAUAACCGUGGAGGAGAUAAUGGUGGUGGUAUCGAUUGUUAUUCCAAAAUAGGAGAAAAAACUAGAGGAGUUUCUGUGAUAGGUGUUGCUAAAGUUGGAGUAGAUUUUGGUGGUGGAAUCUCUAUGACAGGUGUUGAUAUUUGUGGAUUUAUUUCUGGUGGUGGUAUUGGAAUUGGUUCAGAAAUGUUAUUUUAUCUUUUUGUUAAAACUUCUUUUGUCUUUCUUAUACUCUAUUUCUUUCGCAUAGCCAUGAGUGUAGAUCAUGGUGAUGGUGUUUAUGCUAGUUUCAGGUGGGAAAAUCAAUCAUGGAGUGAUCUCUUAAAUUUUGAAAAUUUAGGUGAGAAUAGCGAACAAAAGUUAAAUAUGAAAUCAUUGAACCAUAAAGAAGGACUUAAUGAAGGAGAAGUUCAUGUGAAUAAAAAACAAAAUCGAGUUGGGGUUGUGAUUAGAAGUGAGAAUGAUAUAAAGGGUGGAGGUAAAGAUGAAAUAUAUCGUGAUUUAGAUCAUGAAAUGCAUAUCUUGGCCGAGAGAGAAAGGAGAAAGAAAAUGAGAAAUAUGUUCUCUAGCCUUCAUGCUUUGCUUCCUGAACUACCUUCAAAGGCUGAUAAUUCAACAGUUGUGGAUGCAGCGGUGAAGAAAAUUAAAAAUCUAAAGAAAAUUAUUGAAAUGUUAGAAAAGAAGAAGAAAGAAAAACUUAAAUAUGUAUCCUUAUUAGGAAGUGAGUCAUCAUCUGUGAUCAAAAAACCACAAUGGCAUCCCUAUGAAUCAAGGGAAGCAAUCAUAGUUGAUCAUGGAUCCUCAAGUUAUAAUAAUAACUUUCCUACUAGUGCAAUUGCUACUUCAUAUCAUAAUUCAAAAGCAUUAGUACAAUCUACUCCUCCACCACAACAAGUAGCUUUUCGAACAUGGUCUUAUCAAAAUGUUGUCUUAAACAUUUAUGAUGGUGAAGCACAAUUCUGCAUAUGUGCUACUAAAAUGUUAGGUCUUUUGACAAUGAUUGCUUUUGUGCUGGAAAAAUAUAGGAUUGAUAUUGUAGUUGCCAACAUUACAUGCAAUGGAAAUGGAAACUUCUACAUGAUUCUAGCUCAUGCUAGACAAUGUUUACAGGAUUCAAUUUCAGUGGAGGAAACUUACAAGCAAGCAGCUAAAGAAAUUAUGAUGUUGAUCUCUUAAAGUUUAGACUAUAGAACUUGUCUUUGCAUUCCAUAUAAACUUUAAUUUAGUUUCUCCUCUCGAAAAUUAUUAGAAAUGGUUAAGCUUGCAUGAUUGUAGUAAGAUCAAACAUGUAUAAUAUUUUAUUUUUAUGGAAUUAUUAUGGUGUUUUUUA